AUCAUCUCCUUUCUCUCUCCAUUUUUUUCUCUCUUGAUUUGUAGCUUUCCAGUCUUGCUUUUCUCUCUAUUCUUCUUGUUUUGUUUGCAAAGUCCUUCAGUGGGGUUAAUCCAUCCUUCAACUUGUCUGAAACGAAUCCCUCCUGGAAAAUCCCUGCUUCAAUCGCCAGACAUCCUUCUUCUAUCUCUCUAUUUUCCUUUCUUCUCCGAAACCAACCCAAGACCUCCAAGACAUCUGUUUAUGAAUCACAAUUCUUCUUCGAUAUCAUGAGUACAAUACAGAAUAUCAAGAACUUCAUUCGGCAUGGCAAGCAGGCCCGCCUGGUCACCCCUCAUUCUGAGCCGACGACCGACGUUUCCACCAUCCAUGCAGAGCCACAACGCCAACCGAUAGGCCAGUAUACACCUGAUCUCGAGGCUUUUGGCCCUGAAGGCCGAGCCAAUGCCCUCCAGAAACCUGAUUCCCAGAUCAGACAUGAUCGCUCUGUCGAAAUCGAACGGCUAGUGGCAGAGGAGAACUUGAACCGAUCGAAGAUGCCCAAAUACCCCGGUCUAGAGCGCUGGAUCUUGGUAGAGAAGAUGGGUGACGGCGCCUUCAGUAACGUCUAUCGUGCCAAGGACUCGACAACGGAAUAUGGCGAGGUGGCCAUCAAGGUCGUCCGCAAAUUUGAAAUGAAUAGCAAUCAGAACGAUCCUCACUAUCCAACGGUCAAAAAAGUCCCCAAGGCGGCGGAGCGGGCAAAUAUCCUCAAAGAGGUUCAGAUUAUGCGCAACCUUGAUCACCCCAACGUCGUCAAAUUGAUUGAUUUCUCCGAGUCACGGCAAUAUUACUACAUCGUCCUUGAACUCUGCCCCGGGGGUGAAUUAUUCCAUCAGAUUGUCCGAUUGACGUAUUUCAGCGAAAAUCUUAGCCGUCACGUCAUUCGCCAGGUUGCGGAAUCGAUAGAAUAUCUACACGAGACAUCAGGUGUCGUUCAUCGUGAUAUUAAACCGGAAAAUCUCCUGUUCUAUCCAAUUUCCCACGUUCCCAGCAAGAGUCCCAAACCUCAACAACCAGGGGACGAAGACAAAGAAGAUGAGGGAGAAUUUAUCCCCGGAGUUGGUGCUGGUGGUAUUGGCAAGAUCAAGCUUGCCGACUUCGGUCUGUCCAAGGUGAUUUGGGAUAGCCAAACGAUGACGCCUUGCGGUACCGUCGGAUACACAGCCCCAGAAAUCGUCAAAGAUGAGCGUUACUCUAAAAGUGUGGACAUGUGGGCCAUGGGUUGUGUGCUCUACACACUUCUCUGUGGGUUCCCUCCAUUCUAUGACGAGAGCAUCCAAGUCCUUACCGAGAAGGUGGCACGCGGCCAAUACACCUUUUUGUCACCCUGGUGGGACGAUAUUUCCAAGUCGGCCCAGGAUCUGAUCUCGCAUCUCCUCACCGUGGACCCCGAAAAGCGGUUCACCAUCCAGGAGUUCCUCGCACACCCCUGGAUACAGGGUACCGAUGAGGAGACUACCGCCGCCGCAGACGCACCCCCUCUAGCAACACCGUACCUCCAGACCCCUGAGAAAGGACCACAGCAACUCGACUCCUCCGGCGCCGAACACGGGCCCUACCAGCCCGCCAGUGCCCGCUUCCUUGAUCAGCCAUCCGUCACAGCAGAUCGCCGCAUGGAUUUCCGAUCUCCAGGCGCUUUCAACCUCCGUGAAGUCUUUGAUGUUGGCUAUGCAGUGCACAGACAAGAAGAGGAAGGAAAGCGCCGUGCGCGUCAAUCCAACCGCGGUGGCACGGCAGGAUUCCAAUCGGCACUGGGUGCUCUCAACGAAGAUUAUGACGAUGAGCCCGAAUACAGCCACCGUAUCGGAGGCCAACCACCAGCAAAGGUGGGCAAGAACCAAGGGGACAUGGCCGGAAUGGAAGCUAAGCUCCGAUCCACGAACCUUGGCGCCCAAAGCAGCGCUGCACAGGCACGACAACCACCCCACCAGCCAAAGCCCAAACAGGGCUACGGGAUGCAUGACGCCACUGUCGCUAGUGCUGCAAAGAGCUCUAUUCGCAAGCAUCAGCAGCCGUUUGAGCUUACUCUGAACGGUUCCACAUUGCUUGAGAAGCGUGGCCGUCGUAAUCAGCCGGUGGCAUAGACAGGAUGUAUUUCUCCAUCAGGUUUAUGAUGUGAUGUCUUCAUAACUUCUUUGCACUUUGUUGAUGAGCGAUAAUUUCACUGAUAUUUUUUUUAUCUCUGCGCUUUUCUUUCAUGGCUAUUUUCUCUAUUUUUUUGUUCGUUUUUUUCAAGCUCUUUGCACGUUAUCGGAUCGGUCCCGGAGAGGAACCUGCACGCUACAUAGUCACAAUUGGAAAAUGGGUGAAGUGGAUUUUCUUUUUCGCUUUCUCUUGAGUUACCGGGGAGCUUGCUUGGACUGGAAUGGAGUUCUUCCUGGUCUUUUCUUUUCUUUUUCUUUUUGCUGUCGUUAUCAUAGGAGUUACGUCUAUCCAUAUUUCUUAAGGAUUCAAUAAGCAUAUUUUUCAAUAUUUCCA